AUGAGAGUGCAAGGGGAAAUGUGUGUGUUCACAGGUGAGCAUUGGAGGUUUGGUACAGUGUGCAGGUGAGAGUGCAAGGGGUGAUGUGUGUGUGCAGGUGAGCAUUUGAGGUUUGGUACAGUGUGCUAGAUAUGUGUUCAGGGCAGCGUUCAGGGGCUGCUUCAUGUGCAGAUGAGCAUGCAGGGGCUGCUCCAUGUGCAGGGGUUGGCCCAUGGGAAGGGACUGGUCCCUGUGAGCUGCAGUGGGUGGGUGGGUGUCCCCAGCCCCAGGGCAUACCCUGUCCCGCCACAGCUGCCAUGGAGGUGAGCCAUUCGGUGAAGGAGCGCACCAUCGCCGAGAACAGCCUGGUGAUCCUGCUGCAGGGCCUGUGUGGCCGCGUCACCACCGUGGAGCUGCGUGAUGAGAGCGCGGCCAUGGGGUGCAUCACUAGUGUGGAUGCCUUCAUGAACGUGCGCCUGGCCAAGGUGACCUUCACGGACAGGCAGGGUGCUGUGUCCCACCUGGAUGAGCUCUUUGUGACCGGCAGGAACAUCCGCUAUGUGCACAUCCCUGAUGAGGUGGACAUCCGGGCCACCAUUGAGGAGCAGCUGCAGGCCAUCCACAGGGUGCGGUGCUUCGGGGGCCGCAACAAGGGCCGCAGGGAGUUCCCUUGUGCCAAGCACAGGGACUUGGGGCUCUGCGGUUCCCCCCAUUGGUGCCUGCAGAGGAGCAGGACUGUUUUUUGUAGUGAAUAACAUCACUUAAAGUCUCUGUGGUCUCUC